AUGGAUGCAAAACCUAACCUAGGACACGGGCUAAAUGAAAUGGAGGGAGAAGAGGUUUAUCAGGAGAUAGAUGAUGUAGAUGGUAUGUAUCUGGAGAACGGGGGAGAAUACAUCGAGUAUGAGGAAGAGUAUAUUUCCUACGAUGAUGGUCGAUACGUCUCCAAUGAAAUGCCUAUUGAUAAUCAACAACAAAUUCAAGUUCAUUCAAACACAAAUUCUAUUCCACGUUCCUAUCCAACACCUAACUCGACGCAUUAUCAAAAUCAGCAGCAUAGUCAAUCGGGAUCUACAAUUUUUGCGAUACGCGGAAGCGAGAUGAUACGGGUUCAAAAAAAUUCUUCUACAAAUAAUCCUUCACCACGUAAUGCCGUCUUUAAAUAUAUGCCAAAUAAUUCCGCCAAGCCUGUUAUGGGUUCCCAUAUAACCGAACAAAAAUCGACUCCUCAGCACUCGUACCACAUAGUGGAACCUUCAGUCACGAAACCUUAUUCCUACUCAGUUCAACCUUCAUCUACUUUUCACCAAGUGAAACGAGAGUAUUGCUCACCGUAUUCCUCGAGUUUGGCUAUCGAUAGACCACCUGUUAAGUCCAAAAGGAAGCCUACAAUUGGUCAGAAAAAGCCAUGUAAUUGUACAAAGUCGAUGUGUCUUAAAUUAUAUUGCGAUUGCUUCGCUAAUGGAGAGUUCUGUCGUGACUGCAAUUGUAAAGAUUGUCAUAAUAACCUAGAGCACGAAGCUGACAGGACUAGAGCGAUAAAGCAAUCUCUCGAACGAAAUCCCAACGCCUUUAAACCCAAAAUAGGAGUAACUAAAGCUGGACAAGCUGAUCUUGAACGAUUACAUCAAAAGGGAUGUCAUUGUAAAAAGAGUGGUUGUCUGAAAAAUUACUGUGAAUGCUACGAGGCGAAAGUACCUUGCACGGAGAGGUGUAAAUGUAAAGGCUGUCAAAAUACAGAACAUGAUCGGCAAUCCAGGAUAAAAGAGAAAGUCACCAACUCUGCCCUGAUGAAUUUGGCGAAUGCUGCUACUACUGGACUACCUUCUAGUACGAGUAGGUCUAGUUCUCCUAUAUCGGACGAAGAUAGUGAAACAGAGCCUAACGAGCCCGAUCCAAGAGCUUAUCCCUGGUUUUACAUGACAGAUGAAGUGAUCGAAGCUGCUACCUUAUGCAUGGUGGCACAGUCAGAGGAAUCUCUUUCAAAAGGGGAUGCAAGUGAGAGAACUAUCGAAGCUAUGGAACGUCUUGUUUUGAGGGAAUUCGGUCGUUGCUUGGAACAAAUAAUAACGAGCGCUUCUAAUUUAAUGUAA